UCUCCUCCGUCUGCUUCUACCUUCAAGAAAUCACGAGGAUUGACCAUGUGUUCAUGUUAUUGUUCGAAUUCUCUAUAACUUUCUAUAAUUUCCAAUAAAUAGGUAUCAAGUUACUUGAAUUAAAAAGUAUAUGAUCAUAUACUUUAUUCUAUACACUAGAUACAAAAUAUGAUAAAAGAUACUCCGUUCGCAAUGGACAGAGAUUCGGAAAUUUCAGACGUGAGUAUGAGUGAAGAUUCGUCAGAUGACGAGGUUAUGGAGCCUGGGGACUCACAUAUUGAUAACGAGGAUGACAGCGAAGAUGAGGAAGAGGAUAACGCGGAAGAUGAAGCUAAAGGUGAAGAAGAUGAGGAAGAGGAUGAAUUGGUAAAAGCUAUAACUGCCUCGAAAGAACUCCAUCGGGAACAUCCUCCAGACAUUACUGUUGAUGACUACAUUCUCAAUGUUUGUUUUCAUCCCGAGCAGGAUUUAAUUGCUCUUGCUAAUGUCAAUGGAGACAUAUUUGUGCACAAAUACAAUAAUACAGAGACGAGUUUGCAGUCAGUUAUUGAAGUUCAUGAAAAAGCAUGUCGCGAUAUUCAAUUCAAUGAUAAUGGCGAUACUUUAUAUUCGGUAUCUAAAGAUAAGUCAAUUAUGAUAACUGAUUUUAAUACACAAAAAUUGAAAGGAAUUUAUGAGAAUGCACAUGAUUGUCCAAUAAACGUCAUAAGUUUAAUCACCGAGAACACAUUUGCAACUGGUGAUGAUGACGGAACCAUCAAGCUAUGGGACUCUAGACACUCUGAAAGAACUCCAAUAUUUUCAGUCAAAAAAAUGAACGAUUACGUAAGUUCAAUGUUAACAAACGAUGAAAAGAAAUAUUUAGUUUGUUCAAGCGGUGAUGGAUCAAUAUUAACAAUAAAUUUACCAGCUAAAAAAGUUCAAUGCCAAUCAUUUGAAUACGACGAAGAGUUUACGUGCAUGGGUCUAUUUAAAAACAGCACAAAAAUAUUAGCAGCAAGUGGUACCGGUAAAUUUUAUAUUUUCAAUUGGGGUGAAUUCGGUUUACACUCUGAUGAAUUUCCUAACGUCAAUAAGAAAUCAAUAAAUUGUAUGGUACCUAUUACUGAUAACAUCGUAAUUACUGGUAACGAGGAUGGAUUGCUGAGAGCAUUCAGCGUUUUUCCACACGCAAGACUGGGUAUCGCUGGCCAGCAUGACUACUCCGUUGAAACAUUAGAUAUUUCUCGUGACGGUUCGCUAAUAGCGUCAUCGUCUCAUGACAACAAAGUUAAAUUUUGGAAUAUCAAGUACUUUGAAACGUACGAUUUAAUGCAGCAGGCUCAAGGCAACAAAAAUAAAAAGAGCAAACAGGCGAAAUUUAAUUUACCCAGCAGUAAAAUUGAUAACUCGUCAGAUUUUUUUGCAGACUUGAAUAAAUAAAUGUAUAAUUAAUUCGGUAAUCGUUUAAUAAUAUUUUUUAUAUACAAAAUAAUAAGGAAAAAAUUUAUGAUAAAUAAAUAUACUGUAAUUAUUA